AUGAUAAAUUAUCCGCAAGAGAAUAGAGAUCUAGCUUGUUAUUUGGUAACCAAACAUUCAUGGAAAGGAAGAUAUAAACGUGUUUUUUCCAUUGGAACAUUAGCUAUAACAACAUAUCAUCCAACAUCACUGGAAGUUACCAAUCAAUGGUUAUAUGAAGAUUUUAUAUCAAUUAAGCCUAACAGGCCCAAUAGUUUGAUAUCAAAUGAAGAUUUUUCAGCAGAUGAAUUUAUUAUCAGUAUGAAAAAGAAGUUAAAAAAUGAUACUAUGAGAUUUAGUUCUGAGUUUAGUCAAAUUAUUUUGACAGAAGCAUUAAAAUUUCACUCUAAAUUUAGUCGUGAAAAAGGAAAUUAUUAUCGUUGUAAUGGUUUUAAACUUGACUGGUCUGAUCAAAGAAUUCCUACUAUAUUUAGAGUAUCACCAUCUGCUUUAGAAAGAUUGGAUAAAAAAGAUAACAUAAUUGCUUCUUAUAAUUAUAUUGAUAUAAAACAUAUUAUAAGAGUCUCAGACUGCCCAAAUUCUUUUGUAUUAGAGAUAGGUGAUCAAAGAAGAAGGCAUAUCUUUGUUGUGGAAAACUUUGAUCAACUAAUAAAUGAAAUCAAAAGAAAUGCUUAUGAUAAUAUUGGUAUACGUAUUGAUGUUUCUAGAAAUCUUUUGACACUUGAUCAAUUUAAACAAACAAGAUUAGGAAUGUGUUCAAGUGAUGAAAAAAUAACUUCGUUUGUUGAAUUUAAAGUUCAAAAGUUUUCUCCAAGACAUGAAACAUUUAUAAGAAGAUUAUUAUGUUUAAGUGAAAGUUGUAUUAUUGAAAGAGAUCCAACAACAUAUUUUCCAAUAUGUGCCAGACCAUUAAAAACCAUCGUUUGCCUAAUUAGAGAUUUAAAAGAUCCACAAAUUUUUAAAAUUGAAUACAAUAAUGGGGAAGUAAGGACAUAUGCUUCAACUGAGCGUGAUCUUGUUUUAGCUUCAUUGAUUGAUGGUACACGAUCUUCAGGAAAUAUGCAAAUUUUUGUUUUUGCUGCAAAUCGUUUUGAUCGUUCUUUAAAACUCCUACCACAUAAAUAUGUUCUUGAUGAAGAAAGUGAAACAUUACUAUUAAAGCAUAUUAUAUCACCACCUAUUUAUUUUUCAAGAUAUGACUUAUUUAGAAGAUUUAACUCAAAUAUUCCAUUUAAUGGUUUAACACAUUCUCAACCUAGUGAAGGAUUUUUUCAAAGCAACAAAGGAAAAAUGAUUAUAACAACAAUUGAAUCUGUUUUAACGGAAAGUUAUCAAAAAGAUGAAGAAAAUAGUAUUUUAAAAGGGCAGGCUCAGUUACAUUGUCUUCAUCGUCUUUUUGCCUCAAAAGCUGGUUUUCAAGCUUUUAGUGAUAUAAGUAAUAUUCGAGAAAAACUUGGACAAUUAGUUAUAUCAUUUUUAAAAUGGAAAGAUGAAAUAAUUGAUCAUUGUGUUGUUGAAAUGUUGACAUCUCUCAUGUAUCCUAUGCAUCCUAAUUAUGAAUUACGUUUUGAACAACUUAAUAAACAAAGUUUAUUAUCAAGUAAAACUUUUGUUGAACAUCUUCUUGAUUUAGUUGUAGGGCAUGUUGAACGAGGUACUGGAUACCUUGUAAUUUCUUCAAUGUUAGAUUUUCUUACUUAUGCUGUUUGUGCUCCAUACAGUGAAACAACAAGUGGUGAUUCUUUUGAUAAUCUUUUAACUGCCCUUUCUAAAAGAGGUAGAAGUUUUUAUAAAUUAUUUCAUAAUCCUUCAUUAACUAUUAUAAAAGGAGCUGGUCUCGUGAUGCAAGCUAUUAUUGAAGAAAGUAGUCAUGAAAUUUCAGAGGAAAUGCAAAAUUUAUCACUUACAGAAGGAGCUUUUUUAAAACAUUUACAAUUAGCAUUGUUAUCAACUGGAAGAGAUUUGAGGGUAUUGACAAAUCGUCAACUUUCUGGUCAAUUAAUAUCACUUUGGAUAACUGAUAAUUCAACAGCAAUGGAUUUGCUUAAACGAUUAUUACCAAAAGGAUUGUUAGAUGGUUUAUCAUCAACUGAAAAACCUCCAGUAAAUGAAAAUGAAUAUUUAUUAACAAGAAAUAAUCUUCAAAUGGCAAUGAAUGAAUCUAAAACUUCUGCUAUCAAAGAACAUUUUGAUAAAGUACAAGUAAAAGUUGAAGCAACAUUAGAUGGAAUUCUACAACAUUGGAAUCUCCAACAUCAUAUAACAAUUUUACAGGAAGUUAAAAAUAGACGUGAAGAAGAGAAACGACGUGAAAAACCUGUUGUUUUAAGAAAAAGACGUCAACAAAUAAAGUCAAAUGUGAAUUGGAAAUAUUUUAGUUAUAUGUUUAAUAAAGAUUGGUCUAAAGCUGAUUUAAUAUGGAAUGAGAAGACACGUGAUGAAUUUAGGCAAGCAAUUGAAAAUGAAUUACGUUUAAUGGAAAAUGAAAUGGAGGUUGCUUCAAAUGAUGUUCCUGUAUCAUGGAAUCAUACUGAAUUUUAUGUUCGAUAUCUUUCAUUACAGGAUGAAAUAAAAAUAGGUGAUUAUUAUUUAAGAAUACUUCUUAAUGAAGAUGAUGAAACGGGAACUGAAAUAAAUAAUCCAUUAUUUUUUUUUAAUAAUGUAUAUCAUAGAUUUUUAUUAUCACAAAAAACUGAUCUUCGUUGUUAUUGUUUAAAAGCAAUGGCUAUAACAUAUGGUAGACAUCAUGAAAAAAUAGGUUUCUUUCCAGAUUCUAAAUUUAUUGUUGAAAUGCUACAAAAUGCAAAAACAUUACAAGAACGUGAUCAUCUUGUUUUACUUUUAAGUAAACUUGCUUUAAAUAAAGAAAAUGCAAGAGAUUUAAUUGCUUCAAAUACAUUACCUAUGUUUAUUGACUUAGCAACACUGGCACAUUUACAUUCAUCAAGAGCAAUUAUUAAUAAUCAAAGUAAUUUAAUUGAAAAUUCAACUGUCAAUGAAAAUGAUGAUGAUGGAGUUCCGGAAUGGCAUUAUAUGAAUGAUAAACAAGAAAAAGAAAAACCAAUAACUGCAAAACAAGUUAAAAAAAUGUAUGAAGAAGGAUUAAUUAAUAAUAAGACAGAAUUUUGGGCUGAAGGAAUGCAAAAAUGGACACCAUUAGAGGAUAUUGCUCAAUUUAAAUGGACAUUAAUUUAUAAAGAUAAUGUUAGUCUUUUUAAUCCAACAGAAUUAUGUGUAAUUGUUCUUGAUACACUUAUAAAAAUGUGUGAAUUUUUUCCAGCUCGUGAUAAUAAUGGUGCAGUAAUUAGACCAUUACCUAAUGUUAAAAGAAUUCUUUCAGAACCAAUAUUAUUAUAUCAAAUUGUUCAACUACUACUUACAUAUGAUCCAGCAAUCGUCCAAAGGAUUGCCUCAAUCAUACUAAUGGUUAUGGAAGAUAAUCCAUUUAUUUCAAGACUAUACCUUUCUGGUGUAUUUUUCUUUAUACUUAUGUAUAAUGGUUCUAAUAUUUUACCAAUUGCACGUUUUCUUCAUUAUACACAUCUUAAACAGGCUUUUAGAAGUUCUCUAGUAACUAGUGAAAUAAUAUCACGUUCUAUUCUUUCACCAAUGUUACCUGAAGCCGCAAUUUAUUAUUUAGAAGAAUAUGGUCCACAAAAAUAUGCAGAAGUUUUUUUAGGUGAAUUUGAAAAUCCAGAAAUUAUUUGGAAUAAAGAAAUGAGACGACAUAUGAUUGAAAAGAUAGCUUUUCAUAUUUCAGAUUUUACAAUACGUUUAAAAUCAAAUAUUAAAGCUUUAUAUCAUUAUUGUCCAAUAACACCAAUAGAUUAUCCACAAUUAAAAGAUGAAUUAUUUUGUCAUGUAUAUUAUCUUAGACAUCUUUGUGAUACAAAAAAAUUUUCAUCAUGGCCAAUCAGAGAUCCAAUAUUAUUUUUACGAUCUUGUCUUGCAGCAUGGAAUGAAGAAAUUAAUAAAAAACCAUCAAUUAUGUCACUAGAAGAGGCAAUAGAAAUAUUAAAUUUAAAUGUUAAUGAGACAACUUUUAAAGAAAUAGCACCAAUACGAAAAGGUUACUUUAAAUUAGCACAAAAAUAUCAUCCAGAUAAAAAUCCAGAGGGUAGGGAAAUGUUUGAAAAAAUUAAUUAUGCUUAUGAAUUAUUGACAAGUCAUAUUACUGCAAGUUUAAAUAGUGAAAAUAGAACAGGAAUGUCUUCAGAAAUUCAUCGUAUUGUUCUUUGUUUAAAUGCACAAAGUAUCACUUACUCAAGACAUUCUGAAGAACUUGAACCUUAUAAAUAUGCUGGAUAUUCACAAUUAAUAAAAACAAUUGAUAUGGAAUCUAAAGAUAAUUCACUUUUUGCUUCUGGUGGUGGACAACUAUUGUCAGCAGCUGUUGAAUUAUGUUAUUGGACUUUAAAAACAUCUGCAUUAAAUGCAGAACAAUUACGAAGAGAUGGUGGUUUAGAGGUAAUACAUUCAACAUUUGAUCGUUGUGUUCCAAUGAUAACAAUGUCUUCAAAUGAAAAUGAAAUGUGUGUUCAGGUAUGUACACAUUUAUGUAAAUGUUUUGAAACUGCAGCAGUUUUUGAAUUGUGUAGAGAAAAAAUAUCUAAUAUGUCAACAAUAUUUGGUAGUAUAGUAAGAUUAUUACAAUUUAAACAUCUUCCAAAAUUAGCUAUAUCAGCAGCAGAAUGUUGUUGUAGUUUUGCUGUAUGUACAUUACUUCAAACUCAAUUAUUCCAAGCUGGAGUUUUAUGGCAAUUAUUACCACAUUUAUUUAAAUAUGACUAUACAUUAGAUGAAGGUGGUGUUGAACAUAAUGAAGAAAAUAAUGAACAAGCUAAAAUAAAUAAAUUAGCUAGAUAUUCAUGUGAAGCAUUAGCCUCAUUAGCUGGAUUUAGAGAAAACACUCCUGAAAAUGAUGGUAUUAUAAACUCAUUAAGAGCUAUGUUAACUCCUUUCGUCUGUCGGUUAAUGGCUCUUGGUGAUAAUGAUAAAGUUUUAAAAGUUCUUAAUACUAAUACAGAAAAUCCAUACAUAAUAUGGGAUAAUUCUACAAGAGCAGAAGUUUUAGAUUUUGUUGAAAAAAAUAGAACAUCACCUGUUAAUGAAAGUGAAUUAUUUGGUGCAGAAUUUAGAAUGUCACUUUAUGCUAAUGAAUUAAUUGUUGGUGAUAUUUUUAUUCGAAUUUACAAUGAACAACCUAAUUUUGUAUUAAUGGAACCUAAAAAUGUUUUAAUGGAUUUUAUUGGAUAUUUAGAUCAACAAUUAGAAAUUAUUAAACCAAAAAAAAAAUUAGUAGUUAAAAAACAGAAUAAUGAUGAUUUAAUUAAUUUUGAUGAUGAUGAUAAUGAUAAUAUGAUUAUUAAUAGUAAUGGUUUUAUAAAUGAUCAUGAAGUUAAAAAAAGUGGUAUUUCUUUGACAAUAGAUAAAAAAUUAGAAAUGGUAUUAGAAAGUAUAAUUAAUAUUCUUACACAUAAUCAAGGAAUUGAAAUAUUAUUAAUUGGAAAUCUUAAUAUAAUUUUUAGUUUCUUAAAUUUUUAUAAAUAUCAAAAAAUUCAAAAUCUUGCUUUAAAAAUAAUUGGUAUAGCUGCUGGAUCAAAAGAAUGUGUAACAGAAAUAGCUCAAAUAAAUCAAUUACCAAAUUUAUUUGUUUUAUUAAAAGAAUUACCAAAUUCAGUUGAAAUUUUAUUACAAUUAUUAAUAGCACUAUCAAGUAAUGGUACAGUUGUAAAAGAGACACUUGAAUAUGGUGGUUUAUUAUAUAUUCUUAAUAUACUUUGUGAUCAAUCUAAAAAUAAUGUUAAUAGGUGUUUGGCUGCAGAAUUAUUAUCAAAACUUCAGACAGAUAAAUUAACAGGACCAAGAUGGACAAGAUUUAUAAUAAGAUAUUUACCACCUAUUUUUACAGAUUCACUUAGAGAUUCACCAACAGCAGCAAUAUUAAUGUUUGAUUCUAACAAUGAAAAUCCAGAAUUAAUAUGGAAUGAUGAUGUUCGAAAUAAUGUUAAAAAAAUAGUUAAUAAUGAAUUAGAUAAAUUUUAUUUAGAACAGAAAAAAGAUUUAACAACAAAAUGGAAUACUGUUAUAAAUACAAAUCAACCAUGUCCUUAUGAAAAUGUACUUAAUGGUGAAAUUUUAGUAGGUGGAAUAUUUAUACGUCUUUUUAUUUCAAAUCCAUCCUGGUCUGUAAGGCAUCCAAAACAAUUUUCAACAGAAUUAAUGGAACGUGUCUUAGAAUUAAUGAAUAAACCUACAGAUGAAUUAGAAAUAAUGAAAAAAGCUUUAUGUCUUUUAAUUGUAAAUCAUCCAACAACUACUGAUAAUAUACCAACACAAGGAUAUCUACCACAAUUUGUUAAUGCUAUGAAAAGUAAAGAAAUUGAAUCAGCAAAAGCAGCUUUAACAAUAUUAUCAAGUCUUGUUGAAAAUAAUUAUUGUUGUGAUUCAUUAUCUAAUCAAAAUAACUUAAUUACUGGUGUGUUGCAUUGUAUGAAAAUAUCUUCAAAUGAAUGUAUUCCACAUGCUGCUCAUGCGUUAAAAUAUCUUCUCAAAAGAAAUGCAAAUUUAUUAGCUGGACAAGUUCUUAAUUCAGGUAUUAUUAAUCAUCUAUUAUUUAUACUUAGUGAUCCAUUAAAUAAUGUUGAAAAUUCCUCAGCUGCAAAAGCAGAAAUUGUUGAUGCUUUAAAAGCCGUUAUCAUAGAUAUACAAUAUGGUGAAAAAAUAAAUGAUAUAUUAAAAUCAAAUCCAAUUUGGGGACAAUAUAAAGAUCAACGUCAUGAUUUGUUUCUUCCAACAAGUAGAACACAAGCUAUUAUGGGUCCUGCACCAAGUGGACAAAUAGCAGGUUACCUAACUGAGGGUAUGUUUCAUCCUCCACCUAUACAAAGUGUACCACCACCAAGAGAUGAAAAUAAAUAA